UUAUAUACAAUGAUUAUUUCAUUAUGGACCUCGUUGUCGUGCGCAUAAGCGCAUUAAAGUGAACCCAAGUGUGUCGGUUUUACUUUUUUUUUGAGACUCGUCCGCAUACUGGUUUUCUCCCCGCCGCAGCCGCCUCCACCCAUCACCGCAGCCGACUGCGCUACGGCCGUAUUGUGCAUUUGUGCCCUACUACAAAAAUACGCCGCCGCAACGUCAUGUUCCUCCAAUGGAUAUGGAAUUGUAUAUUAUUGUUAUUAUUUUGAAGUUCAGAAUCGGGAUUCGGGAUUCCGCCGAGUGCCGAGCCAGCCAGCCAGCCGCGUGUUGGUCGCGCCCCGUCCGUCAUCCGUCACGCUGCCGUCCGUCCGUGCGCGACGUUCGCCGUCUGUGCCACUAGUGCCAGUCCCGCCGUGUCUGACACACGCGUAUCGUGUCCGUCCUACAAAACAUAACCUGCGCAGUUGAGCAUAAGCAACUAUCAUGGACGUCCCAGAUAAUCAAAUAUUAGGAAUGGAGAAAAAACAUAAACUAUGCUUUAGAAGCAUUCAAGACAUGAUACCAGCUCGUGCGGUAUUAUAUUUAAUGUCAUUCAGUGGAUUCUUGGUCAGUUUCAUGAUGCGCACUGAUAUCAAUAUUGCCAUGGUAGCAAUGGCCAAAAUGAGAUUACGGUCUGAAAACUCAUCGAAUUUAACCGAACUUUAUUGUUACACAUCGGUUACAAAUGGCACACAAUCAUUUGAAGAUCAAAAACCCAUGGAAGAGGGCGAAUUUGAUUGGGAUUCAACAGUGCAAUCUGCAAUCCUUGGUUCAUUUUAUUGGUGUUAUAUAUUAUCUCAAGUAGUCGGCGGUGUCUUAACACAACGUUUUGGAACAAAAACGGUUUUUGGAUUCUCACAAUUAGCAACAGCAAUUGCUUCAUUACUCAUACCUCAGGCAGCUUCAUUGCAUUUCUCAGCAGUCAUAGCAUUGCGAUCACUUCAAGGAAUGGCAUCAGGACUUACUUGGCCCGCAAUGUAUGCACUUGUUGGUAUAUGGAUACCAUCCAAUGAGAGAACCAGGUUCAUGUCAUCAUUCCAAGGGUUUAGUUUCGGGAUUGGACUGACGUACAUGGUAUGCGGCUUCAUUAUUGGCAACUAUGGAUGGCGAGUGGUGUUUUACAUGAACGGUUCAUUGGGUGUCGCAUGGUGCUUGCUAUGGUGGUUACUAGCUUUUGAUCUACCUCACAAACAUCCAAGAAUAACUAGACGUGAACUGAAUUAUAUCAAUGCCAACAUCGGAGAAAAUAUCAUAAACACAAAAGAUUUAAAAGUCCCAUGGUGUUCUAUUAUGACUUCCAUUCCAGCAUGGUCUAUUGGUAUAACAACAUUUGGUCGGAUAUGGGUCCAUUAUACAUUCAUAAUAUACGGUCCAUCUUACAUGAAGACAAUAUUAGGAUUCAGUAUACAAAAGAAUGGAUUUAUGAAUGGAGCUCCAUUUUUGUGCAGUUACCUUUCUUCUGUUGUAUUCUGUUAUGCAGCUGACUUCAUUAUAGCUCGUAAUCUUAUGAGCUUGACUAAUGUCCGUAAAAUGUUUACAGCUAUAUCUCAAGUCAUUCCUGGCCUAUUAGUAUUAACCAUAGGUUAUUUGGGUUGUCAGAUCACAUUGAUUUUGGUAAUUUGGUUCGUAGCAGUUACACUAAUAACUGCUUCAUAUGCUGGAGCAAUGGCAAAUGUAGUUGAUAUUGCGCCAAACUUUGCCGGACAUAUAUUAGCAUUUGCACAAACUAUACAUAUGUCUGCAAGUUUUUUGUCUCCCCUUGCUGCAGCCAUUAUGCUCCAAGACAAUCCGACUUUGGAGAGAUGGCGUAGAAUAUUUGCUGUGACUGCUUGUGUAGCGUGUGGAACUUAUGUAAUGUAUCAGUUUGGUGGAACGGCAAAAGAACAAGUCUGGAACAAUCCAAAUCGCAAAAACAAUUCAGGUUCUGUUCGUGUUUCACCUGAAAAUAAUCAGCUUAUUGUCAAUAAUAAAACUGAUCCAGAAAGAGGAGAUGGAUAGAAGUUGAAAUGAAAAUAUUCAAGAAAAUAACAAUGGCGUACUUAGGUCCCCCGCAUAUAGGGGCUAAAUCAAAUUAUUUUUACGAACGUUAAUUGUGAUAUAUAAUAUAAUAUUAUACAACAAAAGAGAUAAUUAGCGCCGAUUAUAAAAUCGGAUCUUCAAUAAAUCUCAUCAUUCCAAAUAAGACAGUGUUCUAAACUUAAUAUUAUAUUUUAUUAUAAUUUAAAACAAAUUUUAAUGUUUGUAAUCAUAGAAUUUUUAAGUGUGUGACCUUGUGUCCUCUAAUACGAAUUAAGUAGAGUAGAUAUAUCAAUCAAUUACUAUGUAUAUUUAUAUAGGUGUUUUAUUUAUUAGAAUUAAGUUGUAGUGAAAAUGUGUCAACGUUUUCAAAAAAAAAAAAAGGAAAAACAAAAAAUGAACAAGUGAUUGGACAGUAAUAAGUUGUUACACCUAUUUAUUAGUAUAAUUUUUUCCAUCAAGUAUAAAAAGCCAUUUUAAAAUUUACUACCUGGUUAUUUCUAUAUAUCUUGUGCUCAUAUUUUUAGUUAAAAUGUUAUUUAUUACUAGAAUUAUAGAUCAACAAUGUGCCUUACCAUAUUCAUUUUAGAAAGUUUAUUUAAUUCAAUGGUAUUUUCCAAUUUUAAGUUACAUUAUUUUAUUGCAUAUUUCCAUUUAAAAAAAAAAAUAUUUCUCUUUACUAGUAUAAUACUAGAUGAACAUGUAUGUAAUGAACAGUUCUAAACAUAAUUAUGCAAUUGACUAAUUCUUUUUUCAAUUUUUCAAUUAACCUUUAAACAUUUGUAUUAAAACAAAUCUACCUCCACUAUCUAAAUAUAAUGUAUUUAUUUUUUAGAAUUUAUAUAUGUGUCUAGACAUUGUAUUUAAUGAGUUUUUAAACUGGGCAAAUGUAGUAGAUUAUAAUAUAUAGCCUAGAUUAGAGUUAUAUUAUGCUUGUUUCAGAUUUUUUAUUUUUAUAAAAUAUUUAUAGACGAGUUUUAAUAAAAUGUAAUAAUAAUAAUUAGGUAAAUUAUUAAAAAAAAAAAAUGAGAUUUAUAAUAUACAUCAAACUUAUCAUUUUUAAAAGUUAGCAAUAAAAAAAAAAAACCAUUUUUGAUAAAAAAAAUCUCAGAUCGAUUUUGUUAUUGGUGAAAAUUGAACUGAAAUUCAUCUGGGUAUUUUUUAUUUAUAUAACACUAAAUGCUGCUUAAAAAAUAUAAUAAAGUUUUAUAUUAUUUAUUUAA